AUGAAUUUCUGGAAGGGCAAGCAUGCGAUAUCCUUCACCUCAUCUAGAACUCUUUCAAUACUCUGUCGGGGUAAGAACCACCUGUUAGCGAUUCGAAUUAUUAAUCAAACUGUUAUAGGCGAGAGAAUCAGUCGCGAUCAGCUUUUCAAAUACACGAAUGGACGCUUCUUAGUUAGGGAGAAGGAAUCAUGCGACCAAAGGUAUCUGAAAUUUGACUUAGACAAGCUCUGUGCUGUAGCCGCCUCUGCUGGUAUUAGCCAGUCGCCUAUCCGUCUAAUUAACAAAAUAGAAGGAGGCUUUAGUAAGGCAUUACUUAUGAGCAAAGAAGAUGGGACAGAGGUUGUUGCUAAACUUCCUUUGCCUAAUGCUGGCCCCCCUAAGUACCUAACAGCAUCUGAAGCAGCUGUACUGCAAUACUUGCAUGAUUACACCACAAUUCCGGUCCCCAAAGUCCUGGCGUGGAACGCCGACUCUUCGAAUCCAGUCGGUGCCGAAUACAUAAUAAUGGAGAAGGCUGUCGGCUGUCAACUGGUCAAGAAAUGGGGAGAGAUGGAAGAUUUGAGUCAUUUUGAAUUCAUCAAAAACCUAUGCAAGGUUGAAGCUGAUCUCGCGGCGAUUGCUUUCCCCGCGAAUGGAAGCCUCUACCUCCGUGAGUCAAUGGGGGCCGGCGACAAGUACAAACCUCUCGCGCCCGAGAUGGAUCCCUGUGGCCUGUUUUGUGUCGGGCCUUCUUGCGAGAAGUCAUGGUUCGGCAAGUACGAAGCGGAAUCUGUUCAGGCCCGCUUUGACCGAGGCCCAUGGCCCACUCUACCUGCUUUUGGCGUUGCGCUUGCCGAACGUGAGAUUGCACGUAUCGAAGAGAAUCCCAGAGUUGUGCCCUACGGGCCACCACGAGGCUCUACUGAGGAACAGCUUGCCGUCUUAAACAUGGCUAAAGAGGUCUUCUUUAAGAUGGACGCGAAGACUCUUCCUGGACGCUUGCCAUGGCCGACCUUAUGGCAUACCGACCUACACAUGGGAAACAUCUAUGUAUCUGAUGAAGAGCCUACCCAAAUCACCUCACUCAUUGAUUGGCAAUCUAUCGUCGUCUCGCCAUUGUUUUACCAAGUUCGCUUCCCCGAAUUCAUAAGCAUUGGUGAGGACUAUGAGCUUGGGUACGAGAUACCGACACUCCCAGAGAACAUCGACGAAAUGGACGACGACGAUCAAGCGAUUGUCAGGUUCAGGCACAAACAAACGAUGAUGGGCAAGGCUUACGAGGCUGCCAGCGGUUUUAAGAACAAGAAUGUCUUCAAAGCUAUACGUCUACCUCCCCUUUUCCGACAACUCUUCCUCCGUUGCGGAGAAGCGUGGGAGGAGGGUGUUGUACCUCUUCGUGUUUGCCUGAUUGCAAUAGCCGACGUAUGGAGUGAAGCUGGGUUUUCCGGCGACUGCCCAUGCAAUUUCAGCGAGGAUGAGAUCCAAAAGUACCAGCAGGAAUUUCGAGAAUACCGGGACUACCACAAGAUCUAUGAGCUUGCCCGGGAAUAUCUGGGUACCGAUGCCGACGGCUGGAUUGCCCCUAAUGAUAACUUUGAGGAGAAGCAGCAGCGGAACAAGGAAUUACUUGAAAUUUGCAUAGCUCAUUCUGCAGAGUAUGGCAAAUCCGCUGAGGAGAUGCGCAAGAUUUGGCCGUACCAAUAA